AUGUCUCAGUCAGGGAAGAUUGGAGGAGAGUAUGGGCCCGUGCGAGCGAAUAUCGAUGUCGAAAAGCUGAGCGAGUACUUGGAGAAGCACGUCAAUGGAAUAAAGGCGCCCGUGGACGUGAAGCAGUUCAAGUUUGGGCAGUCUAAUCCAACAUACUUUUUGACGGAUGCAAGCAGCUCGAAACGCUUCGUCUUGCGUAAGAAGCCUGCUGGACAACUCAUCUCUCAAACCGCACACCAGAUUGAGAGAGAGUUUGCGGUGUUAAACGCGCUUCAUAAUCACAACAUAAACGCGGCUACCCUGUUGGAGCAGAGAGUGCCCAUUCCCGAGCCGAUCAUACUCUGCGAGAACAUUGCAGUCAUUGGCACGCCGUUCUACAUUAUGGAGUUCCUCGACGGACGCAUAUUCACGAAUGUUCGGAUGCCUGAAAUAUCACCAACAGCGCGAAGAGAGUGCUGGCUCUCCGCAAUUCAUGCUUUAGUUGCAUUGUCCUCCCUAUCUCCGGGUGCUUUGGGGCUCUCUACUUUCGGGCCUUCGACGCCUUACUUCCCGCGACAGAUGAAGUCGCUCACCCGUGUCUCGCGUGCCCAGGCUGCCGUCACAGAUAUCGAGACGGGAAAACCAACGGGUGACAUCCCACUAUUCGAUGAGCUGAUGGCAUGGUAUCAGAAGAACCUCCCAGACGAGAACAAAACUGGAUUGCGAGUUGUGCAUGGCGAUUACAAGCUGGACAACCUGAUCUUCCACCCGACCGAAAAUCGGGUCAUAGGCAUAUUGGAUUGGGAGUUGUGUACUCUCGGGAGCCCGGUGAGCAAACUUGUGCUUAUAUUCCGCGAGGCCAGUGAAAAAGUUCUUAAAAAACCUUCCAUGAAGCUUGCCGAUUUAGCGAACCUGACACAGCCUUGGUCAAUCGAUCCUAAGAUAUUCCAGACACCAGAAUUUAGUAGCGCAUUAGUUGGAUUCAAGAACACAACGGAGAGCGGUCCCGUGUCUCUUGAAGAACUCGAGCGCGAGUACUGUAGACUCACAAAGCAGCCAUACCCCAUAUCAGAGAUAGUAUUUGCCAGGAGCUGGAUGUUCUUCAGGCUUGCGGUUAUUAUGCAAGGUAUUGCAGCACGCUACGCACGGCGACAAGCAAGCUCAGAAAAAGCACAUUUAUACGCCAAGUUCUUUCCCGCGAUGGGGCAUCUUGCUUGGAAUGCGACACAAGAUGAUAGCAUCGGCGCAUCAGAUGGGAUGAAGUCGAAACUUUGA